UUUGAGCGGCUCUCCUGCGGAGCUACAGAGCUGUCUGUAUGUCUGCUCACGAGUUUAUGGACUAAUAUCGGGAUAGUUUUACAUCUACACGUUAAAUAUGAGCAUCGGGACGUCCACAGAGAACAGAAGACUUGAGAUCUGAGCACCAGUGGACAGUGAAGACUAUGGAACAGAACAUGUGAUGGCUUUGUGUGGAAAGCUGCAGAAGCCAGCCGGUGACUCCUCAUCAGUCUCUCCAGGCAGCACCCAGCUAUUCGUCCAUCUUGCAGAUGAAAAGACUUUGAUAUCACCUGGACACAGCAGGAACCUACGCCAGGAUCCUGUUUGUGGUCUUCAGCUCCGCCUUCAACACCCAUCAUCCCGGCUCUGCUGCAGGAAAAGCUCUCCCAGCUGCACGUGGCCUGUCUCCACCUGCAGGUGGAUCACAGACUUCCUGUCUGACAGGAAGCAGCACGUGAGGCUGGGGAAACACCUCUCUGACUCCUGGACCAUCAGCAUCGGUUCCCCUCAAGGCUGCGUUCUUUCCCCUCUGCUCUUCUCCCUGUACACCGACAGCUGCACCUCCAGUCACCAGUCUGUCAAGCUACUGAAGUUCCAGACGACCACCACCCUCAUCGGACUCAUCUCUGGUGGGGACGAGUCUGCCUACAGGUGGGAGAUGGACCAUCUGGUGACCUGGUGUGGGGAAAACCACCUGGAGCUCAACGCUCUCAAGGUAACUGCUGUGGAAUCUUUCCCUUCCUGGGCACUAUCAUCGCCCAGGACCCUCAAACGGAAGCAGAACAUCUGCUCCCUCACCACAAAAAGCACAGCCGAGGAUACUCCCAUCACCAUCUGGUACGCUGCAGCCACAGCUAAGGAUAGGGCAGGCUGCAGCGUGUCAUCCGCUCUGCAGAGAAGGUGA